AUGUGUCAGGUUGAAGAGAUAAGUUGGCGCGCCUCCAAACCUCCAAUCGGUAACGAAUAUAGGUCCGAUACGAUUCUGUACACCGUCACUGCUGACUAUACUGUCCGGAUUUACAUGCCCGUACUGGACUCUGCUGAUCACCUGCAGCUACAUGCAUCACUGGACUUAUAUUCGUUUGGGAUGUCUGGUAUUAUCUCUAGGAUAUGUUUACUAGACCGGGACGCUGUCGUAGAUUCAUUGGGUAAAGCCAUGGAACGGCCUAUCGAAGGAUCACCUCAGGAAGAAGAAGAAGAAAAGGCCCGAAGAACUCGUUUAAAGUCUAUUAUUGACGAAGGUUGGGAUCUCUUUGCUGUCGUAACUCAGGAUGGGACUGUAGUGGUCCGAGCAAUCACCAAUAUUGACCGCCGCCCGCCAACUCUGCUACAUCACAUACGUGGCUUUGCGCUUUGCUAUGAGCCUUCGUCUUCCAGCGCGUUCAUUAUCACUGCUCCCCGGCUGCACUCUUACAUAGUAUCGCCGCUUUCUUUCUUUGAUGCUCAAGUAGGUGGGGUGCGAAGAUUAUCAGUAGACGAGGCGGGACGUGGAAGCAUUGAAAAGAUUCAGCGCUUUGUACGAACCGCUUCCGGGCUUGCCUUGGGCGCUUGCUAUGGGAGCGGUGGUGGAGAGGUUUGGAGACGUCACCCUGACAAGGGUAUUGUGAGAAUAGGCCGGUGGGCAUCAGGAAAUAUCGCGGUAGUAUUGAGUGAAGGUCGCGCCGUUAUUUCAUACACCAAGACAUCCCGGACAUUGACUCUUUACCAUCUCCUUAGCGAUUCUACUAUCGAUUAUAACGUGCCUGAUAUCGAUUCUCUAAUUGUUCUCAAGGAUUCGGGCACUCAGGCAUCCAUACUGGCAAUUACCACACAUAGAUCAGUCAUUCAAAUCCGUUCUACUUUGCCUUCCGACCACUUGCCAAUGAAGCUGAAUGUACUUGGCCCCACACCCUUCCCUGGCCCCACAUCCAAGGAAAUUCCGGCAUUAAUUCUACCAGUGGAUCCCAUGGGGUGGUCUUUCACACUCGAUACUUUACAAGUAGCGCACGAUUCUAUACUAAGUAUAUCCCACUCGGGGGUUCUAGAAUUCUGGACGCUCUCUGGGGAUGGUGAAUGGCGUGCAACUGGUCAAGUUCACACCGAAAGAACGAGCAUCAAGUUGGCGAAAUGUAGCACAGCGAAAAAAUCUGCCUUAGUCGCCACGACUGCAGAAGGCAAAGAAGAGCUGACAAUAUGGGAUCACAAAGAAUCGGAGUUCGCGUCAGGGUUGGAAUAUGUUCGAAUACUCAACGAGCCCAUUACAGACCUUGAUUGGACCUCCACGGCCGCCCCCCAAUCUCAGUCUAUCCUGGCAAUCGGAUUUGCCCAGCAUGUUGUCCUCCUUUGCCAGCAGCGUCUAACAUAUUUUGACGACGAAACUGCAUGGGUGGAAAUCGGAAAAGUUGAAACUUCACAAUUGAUACCGUACCAUAUUUCUGAUUCGAUAUGGUUGGCUGGCGGCCUGUUGCUUGUUGGGGCUGGUCAUCAAAUGCUUUUGUGCGAUAACUCUGAAGAGCCAACGCCAUUGAACAACAAGCCAAGAGAACAACACUCGGGCAAUCUAUUCGAGAUAGUGUCUUCGCAUAAUGGUCCACUAGAAGACCACCAUCCACAGAUGUUAUUACAAUGCUUAUUGUGGGGAAAGAUCGAUCUAGUAAAAGAAAUAAUUGUCAGGCUUGCUGCAAGCUUCGAUGCAGCGGAGGGUGCUGGCAGUGAUUCGUUAUACUUUACCAAACUUUCGGCUUGGCAGUUUUUGAGCGGACAUACAUCUUAUGAUUCCAUUAUUACGUGGUCAAGUUCUGCCGAUGACGAUGAUCCACAUUCGUUCUCUCGUAGACUAGUAGAAAGAUUGCUGCAGAAGCUUGACAACAACGGCUCCCACAUCUUUCGGAAACCGAGCAAGCACACCUUAUUUCAGACUCACGAACUGGAACAGAUUGACGAACAACGGAGAGCUCUCGAUGCGAAUGGCUUGAGAUAUCUUAUCUCGAUCCGUUCUUUCUACACCCUAAACAAGCGACUCGAAACUUUUGGUGAUAGUGGCAAACAGAACGGCAUCGCAAGUACCCGCGCUGGAAAACGGGAACGACUACGUUAUCGCGACAUUGUUUGGGCUUUUCAUAGUGAAAGUCAACAAAUCAUGAUGGAUGCUUCGACGGAGGCAUGCGGUGGACGGAUGACCUGGUCAGAUGCCAAAGCUCUUGGAGUAUUCCUAUGGACCCGAUCAUCAGAGGACUUAAAAAACCAAAUGGAAGUGCUGGCACGAAACCAAUAUUUAAUUGGUGAUAGAGACCCAGUCUCAUGCUCUUUAUUCUACUUUGCUUUAGGGAAGGUCAAACUCGUCCAUGGGCUUUGGAGGCAAGCGGCUUGGCACAAAGACCAUCCCUUAAUGGUCAAAUUUCUCUCUAACGACUUUAAGGAGCCCCGGUGGCGCACUGCAGCUCUGAAGAAUGCAUUCGCACUUUUGGGAAAACAACGUUUUGAGUUUGCUGCCGCCUUCUUCAUGCUGGGAGGGAGCCUUCAGGAUGCUGUAAACGUUUGUAUUAAGCAGUUAAAUGACUUCCAACUCGCGAUCGCGCUAGCCAGAGUUGUCGAGGGCGAUUCUGGCCAAGUGCUCCGCGGCAUCCUGACUAAAAUCGUCGUCCCGCUUGCAUUCAAGGAAGGAAAUCGAUGGCUUGGGAGCUGGGCCUUCUGGAUGCUGGAUCGACGCGAUCUUGCAGUCAGGAUCCUCCUGACGCCCCUAGGACAACUAGCAUCGUCAUUACAGGGCGAUUUUACAAUCAACGAAAUCGGGAAUCCUCACUUUGAUGAUCCGAGUCUUGCUUUACUUUUCGCACAACUCAAAUCCAAAUCGUUACAGACAGUGAAAGGCGUUAACGAAAUAUCCGGUCAAACAGAGUUCAAUUUUGUCUUACAGAUGGCUCGUGUUUUCUGUCGCAUGGGCUGUCAUCCACUGGCGCUAGCGAUCACGACAUCAUGGUCAUUUGACCGACCAACGUUACCCACGCAAGGAGCGGUGCGAAGGAAUUCAAGCGUCUCGAGCGCGCCAUCAUCCCCCACUUUAUCACGCAGGGGUGAAAUUCAACCUCGUCCAAGAAACCACACCCGCAGAAAAAGCCUGAUUAUGGAUAUGGAUAUUUCAGCACUCCCUCCAACUAGAACAGUCUCUCCCGUGCCGGAGGUACCAACCCCAUUACCAUCGGAAACAGGAGCUCCCAAAGGAGGGCCUCUCUCAACUCCCAAGGAAAGCGAUGCUAUCCAACCCAGGAAAACAGGAAUUGGCAGUUUGAUGCAGGCAGCUAAGCAAGAAGUGAAGGUUCCAGAAUUUGACAUGGGCGCUUUCGGUUUCUGA